UCUUUAACCAGAAGUAACAUUGGGGCAAAUUUAGGAGAAACGAGAGUAGCAGCUCCUACAUGUGCAGAUGACACGGCACUGUUAGCGACAUCCAAAUCAGACCUACAGUCCAUGCAUGGCAUAGUUAAUUUUUGCACUAGUAAGGAUAAAGUGACUAUUAAUCCAGAACAAUCAGAUAUACUUACAAUUAAAGGAAACUCCCCUGGCUCCAUCUAUCUCAACGGCGCACCUGUAAAACAUUCUACUGAAGUAAAACACAUAGGAAUCAUAAUAACACCAAAGAACAACCUCAAUACGGACGAUCGCCUUAAAACUGCAAGGCAGACAAUAUGUGCACUUCUUGGCCCCGGGUUACAUGCAAGAUAAGGUUUCUCACCAGUUGUUGCUCUCAAAUUAUGGAACACCUAUGCAAUACCAAGAGCUUUGUAUGGGGUUGAAAUCUUAAAGGUCACCAAAGGGGAUGUAGAAAAGCUUGACAUACAACAAAGGAGUAUGUUUAAGCACUUCCAAGGCCUAUCAACUCGUACUGCGACUGCAGGAGUACAUUACUCAUAGGCAGUUAACCUAUUGAGUCGAUCAUAGAUAGACGAAGCCUCUCACUCUUCACCAAUAUCUCUAGGCUCUAAGGCUCAGCAGAGUACAUCAUACUCUCUAGACAAAUUACCAUGGCCUCAUAUGGCAGUCACUCUUUAGCUUCUGUCUCCAGGAAGGCUCUUCAAAAGUACAACUUCCCAGACGUCAGAUACCUUUUUGAGCAUCCUAUUGAAAAACCCAAAUGGAAAACCAUGAUAGACAAAGCGAUCAAUCAGUAUGGGCAUCAGAAGUGGUCUGAAUAAAUUCAACAGAAACCUACACUUAAGUACAUACAAAUACAGGACAACCCCACAAAAGUAGCCCAUAACAUUUGGAGGACGGUUCUCCCAAUGGAGCAUGAUGUUCGAAAAGCAGAGAUCAAAGCCAGAGUAAUAACAGGAACUUAUAUCCUCCAGACAAAUACAACCCAAUAUAACAAAGUCAAGGUCAGUCCAACUUGUUUGAUGUGUGGAAAUGGUGAUGAGACACUGCAACACUGCCUGCUUGAUUGCGAACAACUCGAAGGAACACGAAAAAUUGGGACCAAAAUGUUAGCAGAAAUCAUUGAAGAGAUCCAUCCCCUUGGACUUUCACUAUUCAACACCAGGGAGGACCUUACCCAACUUAUUAUGGACUGUUCACACAAAAACAUUAGUAUCAUACAACUACCCAUGCGACUACAACUCCGUAGAAAGAGCUAGCCAAUGCUACAUCUACCAUCUACACAAUAAAAAAGUGCAACAGGCUACACCUGGCCCCUUUGUUCACCCCACUUAAUAAGUCAGACCACACAUAAAAAUGGCAAGCGACAAUAACUUUUUAAUAACUUUCAAUAAUGAUGCGGGACCGAAUAUUUUAAGCUAAAUGAUAUAUCAUCUGUCCAUAUACCAUAAUAAACCUGUGUUGAGUCGCAGUUUAAACCAAUGCUGAGACACGGUCUGCUGAUUUAAGUGCUGUAUAUAUUGUACAAAGGCAUGCGUGAAAAGUGCUGUAUAUAGUGUACAAAGACAUGCCUGAAAAUUUCAAUGUGUUUAUGUGAAUUCACUAUUGGAUUUAAACGUGAAACUUGAUUUAAACCCUAUCUUGCCUGGACUACCUGCCAAGAGUGCCUCAAUCAGAUUGGGGGAAAGUACAGGACAGAACAGAACAGAAUGAUUUUUGCAAGCUACUACAUCACACUAACGACAACCUUUGCUGUAUCAUUUUCAACGGCUUCGACGUCGUGCAGCAAAGCCUUCUCUGAAUGGCGUCCAACGUGGAUGCCGUUACGCGACGAACUUCGAUGCAAGCCGAAUUGUGAUGCCGACGUUAAAACGAGCCAUUUUUCCGGAAACUGGACCAGCUAUGACAAAUGCUGCGUCUGCCACUCGUGCGCAUCGUGGGAGGGAAACGAAAUUGACCUUGUCAUCGAGUAUGUGUCCGUUAUGGGCAAAUCAUUGGUUAUUGUUGAGAAACCCUUUGAGAAAGUUUCCGUGUAUAAGAUAGAAUUACAAUACGGAGAAAUGUCAGAGUUUCCGAGCAAUAUAUGCAACUGGGACGACGACGUAAGGAUUGGUACGCUCUUUGGGAGCGUGAGUAUAGUGUCUUCGUUUAUUGAUUUCCAGGAAAAUGUGGUAACGAUUGAUCUGACGGGAAAUAAAAUCAGAAAAAUACCCGACAUCAAUUGCCUUAUUCGACUUGACACAUUAAAACUUGCCGGGAACAAAAUAGGCCUGUUGUCGAAUACAUCAAUAGCCAAUCUAACAUAUUUGCGACACGUUGACUUGACCAAUAACAUUUUGAAAGCAAUUGAUCCUAACACCUUGGUAAACCAAAAUUUGAACAUUUUAGUCGGCUUAUUUGCUGGAAACGAGAUUACGACAGGGGACGUUAGUAAUUGGUUGAAGGAACGACCCUUUUGCGAAUAUGACUUCAGUAACAACAAAAUAAGCCAGCUAACAAACACCAAAAAUAUAACACUAAAUCCGGAUAAAAUCUAUGGAACGGGAUUUUUGAUUCUUGCAGGUAACUUGAUCACUACAUUUCCUGACUUGAAAACACUGUUAAACCUUGACAGUCUUAAUAUGUUCGGAACGUUGAUCAAUUUCGGAUUCGAUUUGCGGAACGUCCCAUUAACGUGUGACUGCCACAUGCAGCCUUACCAUCAUCUGGCCAGCAGCACGUUGGUACAGCUGUGGAGAGACUAUUUCAACUUGACGUGUGCCAGCCCGGAAUCUUUAAAAGACGCGUCCAUCUAUAGUGUUGACCCACAUGACUUUGUAUGCGAGCUUACACAGGCGGACAAAUGCCCUCGGGGAUGCAAGUGCAUUGAUCAACCUCAAAACGACACCAUAUAUAUCGAUUGCGAAAGCGCAAACCUUCUGGAAAUGCCAACCGAGUUGCCAACGUCGACUUUUUCUAACAAGAUCUCGCUUAACUUGGCUCAAAAUGAUAUAACCACACUCGCAAAUGUGUCAUACCUUCACAAGCUUUCGCUAAUCAAUUUGUCUCGUAAUGAUCUGGGCGAUGUCGGCAAUAACAUUUUUGGAAAGCUCGAGAAUGCCGUGAUUGACAUCUCAAUAAACCCUCGAAUCCGAGUUCUACCGCGUUUGAUUCAGUAUAGGAAUGUCUGUGAAACUGUGCUGUCCAAAUUGAUAGUGGAUUGCAACUGUGACACUCUGUGGAUUGAAAGCUGGCUUAAAACGCGGUCAUGUGACAAUAUGGACCAAUCGAAUUACUUCAAGUGUCAUGUACCUGGAAAAGGUACAAUCUAUGGUACCGAGUUCUCUGAAAGUUUACUUGAUUGUCAACAUGACCUCACGCAUUUGAUUUCAACACCCAUAUUAUGUUCAACGGCCCUGGUUAUUGUCGGUGCCAUUGUAACUUACAUAUUUAGGUAUGAAGCACUAGUCAUUUGGUUAAAACUCACCCACAGUACCGACUUUGCCAGCUUCUCAUACGACGUUGCGUUGAGCUUUAAUUCAGAAGACGAAAUGUUACGUAAAUGGGUCAUCAAAACCCUUGUUCCUGCAAUUCACAAUGAAGGCUAUAAGACAUUCAUGCCGUUUGUUGAUGUAGAACGUGGUGAUGACAGAACAACGGGUGUUAUUGAAGCCUUUAAAGAUAGUCGGAACUUUGUCCUUAUUUUAUCAACCAGCUACUUGACGGAUGGUAUAGCUCCAGAAAACGACAUAGAAGAAGCAAAUGAACUAGAACGAAAGUGGAUCGAGAACGAAUGGAAAUAUGCUUGGCACCUGUUCAUAACUGACCGUCGCAGGAAGGCAAUAAUCGUCAACUACGAUCACAUAUCAGCCUCUCAAGUAGCCGACAAGAAAAUAAAAGCCAUUCUUAGAGUCGGCGACAUGGUUAAUUUUGGAAAUCAUAACGACGACAUGCUCCAAACUAUUAUCCAGAAGAUAGAAAAACGAGUAAAACGGACAGGAACGGACGAUUUUGUAGAACUAAGGGUCAGGCCAAACGCGAACCAGGUGACACCGGCGAUAAUAAAAUUUCGUACAAACUAUGUAGACGAAAAAUAUCGCUACUGAACUUGUAUGACGUGAAUGCUUAUACAUUCCAUCAAUGGUUUGCCCCAUUUAUUGUUAUGUUUGUUUAUUUAUUUUUUUCAUCAUUUUUUUCUUUUUUGGCAUUCCGUUCAUGACCAUGCCAUUUCGUAUUACGUUUGGUCAACGUUUUUUGCAUAUGUGUACCUUUUAUAUCAAACAGGCUGUGAAAUUAUCUGCACUUUUUAUUGUUACAUGUUACAUGAAUAGUUCUGUUCAUAAUACUAAAGCGGAUACCCACCUUAAUAAAAAAACAAUUGAAUCGGGUGCUAAGGCACUGUUGAAUACCAAUUCAGAAAAUAUCAUGACAAAUUACUUUAAUAUUUAUUGCAUGACAUUAUUUUUUGUAACCUGAUGUUGUACCGACUUUCGUGGUUACAUCGUAUCAGAACUACGAUAGAUACCCAUUCUUUUAGUUGUGUUUCUUUCAUAUUUUGAAUUUGAUAUUGUAGCAGAAUAUUGUUUGAAAUUGUUGUUCUGUCCUUUGUUCUUUGUUUUCACUUUUGAAACCCACAGCAAUGUAAUAGUAUUGACAUGUUUAAUUGACCAACUACAAUAUACGUAAGUUUGUAUUUGAAGCCAUGAUUUCAAAAAAAUGUACAAAGACGACCAAUUUAAUCUAACCGUGAACGUUUAACGUGCGUCUCUGGCCUAGUUACUAAACGCUUUUGCCGGCUGCAGGACAACGUACCACCUUCCAACCUCCGCACAGAGAUUUGACUUGAACCAGCAUAGCUGGAUCAAAUCCCUGCCUACAUAACCAACCACGUGAUGAUAGCCUAGCUAUAC